CUGAGUUGCUUUUCUUCCAUAUCCUGCCUGCAUACUUGAGAAGAAGAAAAGGAAUGGGGUGGCUGUUUCUCUUGUGUGCUAUGUGGGGUCUCUGUCCCACCGGGGCCCAAACACCACAGCCUGACCAGCAGUCCGAUUGGGGAGGCUACGACAACCACCCGGCCCAGGUUCAAAUCCCCAGGAUCCACACUCACAGAGGACUGAGGGUUUGUGUCCCUAAAGCAGGACAGGACUGUGGCCCUGGCUUCUACAGAGUGAGGAGGGGGUUGCACUAUAGCGACUGUGCGCCUUGCAAAUGCAACGGUCUUUCUGAGUGCGAGGAUGGCACAGGGCGAUGCCUGAACUGCCAAUAUAACACAGCUGGUGACCAUUGUGAGCACUGCAAAGAAGGUUACUAUGGAAACGCCAUUCAGAGGACCUGUCGAGUCUGUCCAUGUCCCUACACUGUGUUGUCCAACAGGUCAGUUUUUGCUACUAGCUGUAUGGAACUUAAUGAAGGCUUUAGGUGUGUGUGCAGACCAGGCUAUGCUGGACCGAGAUGUGAAAGAUGUGCUCCCGGUUUCUAUGGUGACCCUUUAGCAUUCAGGGACAGCUGUGAGCCCUGUAACUGUGACAAUGGCAACCCCAGCGCCUGUGACUCGAGGACUGGGGAGUGCAUACAUUCUCUGGAACCUAGUGACCCUGAUCCUGGAGACCAAUGCCAAGAGUGCGAUAGCUGCAUUCAAGCCUUACUGGAUGCUCUGGAGAGGAUGGACAUAGAGCUUGCGAGGCUGAAGACCCAACUGAAGAACCCCAGCAUUGGUCCCAUUGCCCAGGGGAGACUGGAAAAGCUGGAGGAGGCCAUCACCACCACACAGGACCUAGUCAGGAAAUACAAACACUCCAUCAAAAUCCAAGGGUCAAAGGUCAAGGAGCUGCAGGCAGAUGUCAACACUCUCCAUGCAGAUAUCAGCCAGCUCGGGGACAAGGCAAACAGGAUUUUAUUGAAUGCACAGAGGGGGCGUGAGAAGACCAGAAAGACCUAUCAGAGAGCUGAGCACCUGGUAUCCGAUGCUCGCCUUCUGUUCCUGAGUGUACAAGACCUCCUGGAGCAACUGAAAAGGGCUAAUGCCAGCAGCAGCAUGGUGGACACAGAGGAGCUGUCCCGCAUGGUGAGGGAAGCCCAGAAGAUGGUGCAGGAGAUGAAGCAGCAUGAUUGCUCUGCUCAGAAGGAGGCAGCUGACAGAGAGUGGGAGGAGUCAAGCAAAUUGUUGCGCUACAUCAAAAACAACAUCACCAAGCCGCUGGUCAGUAACCAGGGUGAGGUUGACAGAAUUGCUGACUUGCUGAAUUGGUCUAUGUCCAAGCUGAUGGAUCUGGAGGUAGCCCUGAAAGAAGCAAAUGACAUCGUGGGGAGGGCAACCCUACAGAACAGCCAAAACGUUCCCAUGUUGGAGGACAUUCAGCACCGUUCAAAGGAAUUGGGAGAGGUGCAUAAUUUGGUUACUGGGCAGAUUGCAAUGGCCGCGGAUCAGCUGAAAGGCACAGCAGGCCUUCUGAAAAUGCUGAGGGACUUAAAAAUGGGAUAUGAAAGACUUGUUGCACAGUUUGAUGGGGCCAGAACUGAACUCAUCAAGAAGGUCAACACCAUCUCCCAGGCAGCGUCCAAAGAGCCCAUUGUUGUGAGGGCAGAAGAGCAUGCCAAGGAGCUUGACAAGCUUGCCAGGGAAUUGCAAGAGCUCGUGAAGAACACUACCAACAGUUCAGAUGUGCGGCACGCCAUCAAUGCCACUGGGAUCUACAAGAACAUCACUGAUGCAGUCGCUGCGGCGAAGGAGGCAGCCAGACAGGCAAAGGAGGCAGCUGACAAAGCCCUGAGUGAUGUGAAGGGGGAAGACUUUCCCAAGAAAGCCAAGGGCCUGAAAGACCAGGCGGAAGGACUCCUGACCAAGGCCAAUGAUGCUCAGAAUGAACAUGAAAAGUCCGCAGAUGAGCAGGCUACUCAGAGUAACCAACUGACCCAGGCCCAGAGAAAGACAGAGAUGCUGCAACAAGAGCUUCUGCUAGCCCAGAACAAACUGGUCAAGAUUGGAAGAGAUGACAUUGGUGCCAUCUUAGACGCCGCAAAGGCAAAUGUGGCUUCUGCCAACAACAGCAUCAAUACCGCGACGGACAAGAUUGAUUCUAUCAGAGAUGACUUGGAGAAGAUGAAUGUAUCUGUUCCUGAUUUGAAUUUUGUCAAUUUUUUAGAAGAUCUGAAUAAAACAGUCAGUAACCUGACGGCCAGCAUCCCCUCGCUCCGAAGCCUACUGAACAGCACAGAGGCCGAUAGCCAUCUGCUGCCUCCGAAGAACAACGUUUCCCAGAGCAUCAGGAGGAUAAAGGAGUUGAUCUGGCAGGCCAGGGACGCCGCCAACAGAAUCUCGGUCCCUGUGGACUUUUCAGGCGAUGGGUUUGUGGAGCUGAGGCCCCCUUCUGACCUGGAAGACCUGAAGGCCUACACCAACCUUGCCUUUUCCCUGCAGAGACCUGUCCUCCCAACACGCAUCCCCCGACAGAAACCUGCUGGCUCUGGAAACAUGUUUGUGCUUUACCUCGGCAACAGAAACUCGUCCAAAGACUACAUUGGAAUGGCCCUGAGGGACAAUGUGCUGUACUGCGUUUACAUGCUGGGUGGAGCCGAGCACCAGAUCAAGUCCAGCUCCAUCACAGAGUCCCCUGCAGAGGCGGCAUUUUUCGACAGGGUGAACUUCCAUAGAAUCUACCAGGAUGUAGAAGUGAAUCUCACAAAAUCCUUCACAUCAUCCAACCCCCACCCUCCGCAAUCCAGCAGUUCACAGGGGGAUUCUACUGGAACACUUCUGGACUUGGAUCCUGGAGAUGUGGUCUUCUACGUCGGUGGAUAUCCAGAUAAGAUCUUCACUCCUCCAGCAUCACUACGUGACCAUGAGAAGUACACAGGGUGUAUCGAAUUCUCCACUUUCAAUGAUCGAUUCAUCAGCCUGUACAACUUUAAGAAUGUCAGCAACAUAAACAGAAAGCCACCUUGUGGAAGAUAUUCCCAAGGACAUAUCUCUAGGUACUUUGAAGGAACUGGGUAUGCAAGGGGAACCAUCAAAAAACAACAGGAUUUAUAUGUAUUUUUCCAACUCGUCCUUAGCCACUCAGAAAAUGCAAUGAUAUUUUACAUUGGAAAUGAGGACUCUUACUAUAGUGUGAUUGUGGAAAAGGGGUACAUUGUAUUGCGAUGGAAAGUAGGUAACAAUGUGAUGGAACAAAAAAGUCCAGAGAAAGAGUUUCCUAUGACUAAAAGUAAAGAGAUUCAAGUUGUGCUUCUUGGCAACCAAAAGAAAAUCUUGGUUCGGGUAACAGGGCGGGAUGUGAUCACUUCAAAAUACACCCAGGGAGUGUAUAAUAGUUAUUAUAUUGGAGGUCUCGCACCCUCAUUGAGAGAGAGAUACAACAUUACUGCCACACCAUUUAAAGGAUGCAUGACAAACAUCAAGUUGGAUAACAUUGUUGUCAAGUUUGAGGAUGAAAUCGGUGUUGGUCUGGGGUGUUCCAGUGAAUUCCUGGCAGUCCGUGAGUCCACAUUUGGCCUGGGUGGCUUCCUCUCUGCUCCACCGAGGGGCUUCAAGCUGACCGCUGAUGUGACCGUCUCCCUGGGGUUCAGGAGCAUGGAGAAGGGGGGUAUUCUGCUGAAAAACAGCCAGGAGAGCACUGACAUUGAACUUUCCCUGGUUGAUGGGUUUGUAGUAUUCAAAUUGAACAACAAGGCUUUGAAGUCAAAUAGACUGUACAACGAUGGUAAAUGGCACUACCUGACAGUAGAAAAGCGUGGUUCAAGGAUAGAAAUGAGGGUUGACAAAGAGGAUUCGGGACAGGUGCAGCCUCUCUCCUCUUCAGUCCCUGCUAAAGGACAGGACGUCCUGCUGGGGAAUGGCACCUUCCAGGGCUGCCUCACCAAUCUUUACAUGAGGAGGCCCAGUGCCCUGUACAAGCCGGAGGACUUGAGUGCCUUCAACUCCAGCGGGGAUGUAUUUGUGGGUUUCUGUGCACCAGAGCGCCCCUCGCAGUUCAUUCUCGCCAACGGCGACCAGAAACGUGCCCGCUCUGCUCGGAAGAGAGAAGUUUGGCGGGGUGCCAGCACUGCUAAGUGCAGUCUUCCCUCUGCCGUCAAGCGUGCUUACCGCCUUGGAGGUCCCACCAGCCACCUGAGCUACAACAUCACUCCACAGGUGCUCAAUCACAGGCAUCAUUUCUCACUAGCCUUCAGGACCAGGUCAGCGGAGGGGCUGUUGCUUUUUGUCGGCAGUAAACGAGGUCACUGUCACGUGGCCCUGUACAUGACUAAAGGCAGAGUCAAGCUAUCUGUCGGGGGGAAUCGGCCAAUCGUCCACAAGGAAAAGUGCAAUGAUGGGAAGUGGCACACGGUCAUGUUUAGCUUAGAGAUGUACACAUUCCACCUGGUAGUGGAUCACCGUCGUGCAAUGGAUGGGGUCUUAUCUCGCACUAACGGCUCCUCUCUGGAGUUGCAACCACCAGUUUUCCUGGGUUCUCUGCCUCAGUCCACUUACACUGGGAGUCAGAUGCUUUUCCCUAGGGACAGUGUGGUGGGGUGCAUUCGAAAUUUUAAGAUGAACAGCCAGUGGAUUGAGGAGCUCCCAGCCAAUCACGGAGCCCCCCUAUGUUUUGAUGGAAAUACAGAGAGAGGCACCUAUUUCUCGGGAAAUGGGGCAUAUGCUGCUUUAGACUGCCCAAACUCCAUUUUUAUGGGUGUUGAUUUUCACCUGGAGUUUGAGGUUCGUCCCAGAAACCUGACAGGCAUCCUCCUUCACAUCAGGGAUCAGCAUCACCCCCGCCUUGCUUUGUUCAUGAAGAAAGGGGAGGUUGUGCUCCAGGUGAGUGGUGCAGCAGGUGAAUCCAACGUGUCUGUGACACAGGAUGGCCUGUGUGACGCCCUGUUCCACCGUGUGACAGUUUCCAGAAAGAAGACUGGGGUUCAGCUCACAGUGGACCAGAAAUCUGGGAGCACAAGAGUUUCCUCCUUCUCUGGCACAACCAAUGAAUGUCAUCUCUAUGCCGGUGGUGUUCCAGACACCCUGCAAUACCACAAACUUCCAGUCAAGUCGUCUUUUAUUGGCUGCAUACGCAACCUGCGGAUAAACGGGAAGUCCAUCUCCCUUGGUGAAACAUCUCAAGUGUUCGGCCCAGUAAAUCUCCAAGAGUGUCCUUCAAGCUGAGGACAGCACUGAACACUGAUGGAACACUGAAUACUGAUGGAUCACUGUGCACCAAUGGAACAAUGACAUCAUAUUGACAGCUGACAGAACAUUGGUCACUAACGCUGACACAACGAUCGCUGGGAAGAAGUGGUGGGCGGUCACACAUGGUAUCCUUCUCACUCAAGUGAUGGGACAAGCUUACACUUGUAAUAAAACAUUUCUAAUUGUUGAAUAAAGAAUAGAAAUUAUGGAAAAAGUUGUUUUAAAGUGUCUUGAAUAAUUCUCUAUGAAAAAAAAGGAAAAUACCAUUUUAUGCCUAGGAAUAUUUCUUAUUUCUUCUUUAAACGUCA